ACUAGUUUAUCACUAAAAACUUUCAAAAUUUCAACAUUUUGAUUUCACUCUCCAGCAGAAAAAUGUUUCGCCAAGAAAUACUAAAUGAAGUUUUAUUCAUUGUUCCAAACCGAUAUGUUGAUCUUCUACCGAGUCAAUUUGGAAAUGCAAUGGAAGUCAUCGCAUUCGAUCAAAUAUCAGAACGAAGAGUGGUAAUCAAGAAAGUAGUUCUACCGGAAAACUUCGACAAUUGGCAACACUGGAGGCGAGCUCAACGAGAAUUAUUUUGCACUUUGCAUAUACAGGAAGAAAAUUUUGUCAAAAUGUACAGCAUAUACACAUGGGUAGAGACUGUAGAAGAAAUGAGAGAAUUUUAUACUGUUCGAGAGUACAUGGAUUGGAACUUGAGAAAUUUUAUACUUUCAACGCCUGAAAAACUAGAUCACAAAGUUAUAAAAUCUAUAUUUUUUGAUGUUUGUUUGGCGGUUCAAUAUAUGCAUUCAAUUCGAGUUGGUCACAGAGACUUGAAACCUGAAAACGUUCUAAUCAACUACGAAGCAAUUGCAAAGAUUUCUGGUUUCGCACAUGCAAAUCGAGAAGAUCCAUUUGUGAAUACGCCAUAUAUUGUACAAAGAUUCUAUCGAGCACCAGAGAUUCUAUGUGAAACGAUGGAUAACAACAAACCUAGUGUUGAUAUUUGGUCACUUGGCUGUAUUUUAGCUGAACUUCUGACUGGAAAAAUCCUAUUCACAGGCCAAACCCAAAUUGAUCAAUUCUUCCAAAUAGUCCGGUUUCUUGGGAAUCCAGAUCUGUCAUUCUAUAUGCAGAUGCCCGAUUCUGCUAGAACAUUCUUCUUGGGCCUUCCAAUGAAUCAAUAUCAAAAACCUACAAACAUACAUGAACACUUCCCUAAUAGUCUGUUCCUCGACACGAUGAUUUCUGAACCGAUAGACUGCGAUCUGGCACGUGAUCUGCUAUUCCGCAUGCUAGUGAUAAAUCCAGACGAUCGAAUUGAUAUUCAGAAAAUAUUGGUGCAUCCUUAUUUAGAAGAAGUAUGGUCGAAUAUUGUGAUUGACAAUAAAAUUGAAGAAAAAUAUCCUCCGAUCGCUCUUCGAAGAUUUUUUGAAUUUCAAGCUUUUUCUCCUCCCAGACAAAUGAAGGAUGAGAUUUUCAGUACACUGACCGAAUUUGGGCAGCAAUAUAAUAUUUUCAACAACUCAAGAAAUUAGUUGUGGUCUUAUGGUAUAAUUGUUACUUUGUCCAAAUAAAUUAUUUUUCAAACAUUCUGAUUUGCAAAAAAA